AUGAAAGCCGAGAUGGACAUUAUCAUGGCCAUGCAUCUGGUCAAGAAAGCUUGGGUGUCUGUGCACUCGCACGUACUGAUCAAGGCUUUCAUGAAAGCAGAAUUCAAAUCCAUAUUGAUUCAACCGGUGAUGCAGCCACCAGAGGAUAAGUGCGAUUUGAUCGAGGACUUUACUCAUUAUGUGUCUACUGAUGAUCGUCAUUUUGAAGAAAAAAUUGCCUGUUUGGAAUUUGAUGAUGAAGAAGUGGCUCAUUAA